UACUUUCAUUAUCCGAGAGGAUCGAACAACGAUCAUUCGGCAAUCCCAUUGGCUGUUGAUCCUACCAACGGGAAACUCGACAAUGCCACCUGCGUUAUAUGCAAACCGAUGCAUUGGGUGGAGAAUAACACACUCUUGAUGAUCGAGGCCGGGGUACAAAGGUUGAGCUUUGAUUUGACGAACGACGAGGUCACAGAAAACACUUCAAAAGUUCCGCUACCGCAAGAAAAACCUCCAUCCCAGGGAGUAGUAGUAGAUCGUGCUCCCUUUGAGAGGUCGCACCAUGUGGAGUUUUACGUCACCUGCGUGUUUCUCACCGAAAAACGCGCGAUCGUCUUUCCCCGUGAAGGUUCCUUUAAUCAAUUUCACGAUUAUAUUCGGCAACGAUUUGGAUUACAAUGCAACAGUUUCUUCUAUAAAAACAAAGUGAAUGACAUGAUCACCCUCAAGGACGAGGAGGAUUGGAAGAUCGCGAAAUGGGAAGUCGAAAUGGAAGGGACCGUGAGGCUGGACGUCUACAUGGAAUAA